GAUCGGAGAAGAAGAGGAAAACAAGAGGGGAUGGUGGCAGCGGCGGCGGAGAAGCCGGGCCGGAGCUUUCCGGCGUUCCCCUUCGACCCGUAUCCUAUCCAAAGCGAGUUCAUGGAGUUCCUCUAUGAAUCUCUGGAGAAGGGCGGGGUUGCUAUGCUUGAGAGUCCCACUGGGACGGGUAAAACCCUUAGCAUUAUAUGUAGUUCGUUGCAAUGGAUCGUUGACAGGAGGAGCAAGCCGAAGCUUGCUGGAGAGAAGCCCGUCGCUGCUGAUGAUGCUGCUGAGGAAGAGCCUGACUGGAUGAGGGAUUUUGUAGUGGAAUCAAUGGAGAAAAGGGAGGUUGGGAGCAGGAGAAGAUCUGGGUUUGGAUUGAAGAGUUCUGGUGACAAGAUGUCUUUACCGGGUCUAAGGAAUGCAGAGAAAUCAAAGGAGGAAGUUGGGAAUGAUGAUGGUGCUGGUGUUGAUGAUGAUGAUGCUCAGUUCUUGUUGGAAGAUUAUGAGAGUGAUGAAGGGAGUGGGGGUUCCAAGAGAAAGGGGAGGAAGUGUUUGGAUUUGAGCAGCAGUGAAGAAGAUGAGGAUGGAGGAUUGGGGGAGAUUGAGGAGGAGGUGAGCCCAAAGAUAUAUUUCACUAGCCGGACGCAUUCUCAACUCUCACAGUUUGUGAAGGAAUUCAAGAGAACAUCUUUUGCUUCAGAGAUCAAUCUUGUGUGCCUUGGAUCUCGGAAGAACCUUUGCAUAAAUUCUGAGGUUUCAAAGCUCAGAACUGCGAAUCGGAUCAAUGAGAGAUGUCUUGAGUUGCAGACAAAUAAAAAUCACUCCAAGAUGAAGGUGGGCAGUGAUGGUGGGAGAACAAGGGGAAGGAAGGCUUCUGCUGGUUGUCCGAUGCUCAAGAAGCAAAGUUCACGAGAUUUGUUCAGAAAUGAGGUUAGGGAACAAGGUGCUUUGGAUAUUGAAGACCUAGUGAAGAUAGGAACCAAAUAUGGGGCAUGUCCAUAUUAUGGCACUCGAGAUAUGGUUCGAGCAGCAGACCUUGUGGUGCUUCCUUAUCAAUCACUUCUAUUGAGUUCUGCUCGCGAAUCACUUGGUCUGAACUUGAAAAACAGUAUCAUAAUUGUUGAUGAGGCACACAAUUUGGCUGAUUCCCUUACUAGUAUGUACAAUGCAAAAAUCACUUUAUCACAGUUGGAGCAGGUCCAUUUACAUCUUGAACUGUACUUUGAUAGAUUCCGAAAUGUUCUCGGGCCAGCCAAUUGGCGGUACAUUCAAACUCUGCUAGCUUUGAGUCGGUCUUUCAUGAAAUUGCUGGCCGGUGACCAAAAUGAUUCAGAACGCUCAAUGACUAUUAAUGAUUUUUUAUUUUCUCUUGAUAUUGACAAUAUCAACUUAGUCAAGCUUCACCAGUAUGUUAAAGAAAGUAAUGUUGCUCACAAGGUCAGUGGAUACGGGUCUAAAUUAAUCAGCUCUGAGGGAUUGCCUGCACAUGCCAAUAGCCAGAACCUUGAUGCUGAAGGAAGCCUUAUAUCUGGUUUUCAAGCACUGGUUGAUAUAUUGGUCUCUCUAAUAAAUAAUGAUAGUGAUGGCAGAAUAAUUGUUUCCAAACGAAAGUCCUCUUGUCUGGGCCAAAUUGAAGAAGGAUACAUAAAAUUUGUCAUGCUGUCUGGAGAGAAGAUCUUUCAUGAGAUAGCAGUUCAAGCACAUGCUGUGGUGCUGACAGGUGGGACUCUUCAGCCCAUUGAAGAGACUAGAGUGAGGCUCUUUCCUGACCUAUCACUUGAUCAAGUGCUUUUCUUCUCUUGCAACCAUAUUGUUCCUCCAGAGAAUAUCUUGCCAAUAGUUGUUUCUCGUGGGCCUUCUGGUAUGACAUUUGAUUUUAGCUACAAUUCACGUGGCUCUGCAAGAAUGAUAGAAGAACUUGGUAGACUGCUAUGCAAUUUGGUGGUAGUCAUCCCGGAAGGAAUUGUAGUAUUCUUUUCCUCAUUUGAUUACGAAGGGCAGGUAUAUGACGCAUGGAAGACCUCAGGUGUUCUUCCCAGAAUCCUUAAGAAAAAACGCAUAUUCAGAGAACCUCGGAACAAUACAGAAGUCGAAGUCAUCCUCAAGGAGUAUCAAGAAACAAUUACAUUAUCAUCAUCUGCAACCUCAAAAGAAAAUCCUGGACCACAAGGUGCAUUGCUUUUAGCGGUAGUUGGUGGAAAGGUUUCCGAAGGUAUAAACUUCAGCGAUGGAAUGGGACGAUGCAUUGUUAUGGUUGGACUUCCUUAUCCAAGUCCAUCUGAUCUAGAAUUGAUGGAAAGAGUGAAACAUAUUGAAGGACUAGGAGGAUCUCUCUCAUCUAAAAACACAAUGCCAUUUCCUAACCGAUUACAUUCAAGUAACUCUAUAAAGUCAGGCUUCGAAAUACUAAGAAGUUGCAAACAGAGAGGGAAAGAAUACUAUGAGAACUUGUGCAUGAAAGCUGUGAACCAGUCAAUCGGUCGAGCAAUUAGGCAUAGAAAUGACUAUGCCGCCGUCUUGUUAGUUGAUUCACGGUAUACAUUUGAUUCAUCAACCAUGAGUUCUUCUCAUCCGACGAACAAACUCCCGGGUUGGAUAAAACAGUGCCUUGUUUCUUUUACUGAGAAUUAUGGUGAAGUUCAUAGACUCCUGCAUCAGUUCUUCAAAUCCCACAAGCAGCAGGGAGAAUGUAAACGGGACUGCUAAAGAAUUGUGUGGAAUCAGAUUUUCUGAUGUUAUUCUUAAUUCUUGAGGAUUAGGUUCGAAACACGUUAGAUAUAUUGGUGCCAAAAAAAGAUUUCCAGCUGUGAGAGUGAGUUUGCAGCCCAAUCCUUGUGUUUGUUGGGUGAGUACGCAUGAAUCGGAUGAUCAAUUUCUGGUGAUGCACAUGCCCUGACAUUUGGCUUACCCAUUUUAUCAAUAUAUGUAUGUAUAAAUUUCCGAGGUUCGCAUUUUUCCCUUUAGAAGAAAAGAUAUUAUUGUUUUGUUGAAAAAAAAAAAUUAUAGGGCAUAAA